AUGAUUUGGACGAGAUCUGCUUGCAUUCUCUCUUUCAUCUUGUUUUUUGCCCACAUAGCAGCUGUAUCGAUUAAGCAUCUUUCUAAAGGAAAUGUACAUGAUGGAGAGUUUGAUGAACAGAAGGAUAUUUCAGAAAUCAAUUUAGCUGCAGGCUUGGACCUCUUUCAGGGGGACAUUUUUCUACCGAAUUCCAGAAAUGGCCUGAGAGACCCCAACACCAGGUGGAAGUUCCCCAUCCCUUACAUCCUGGCCGACAGUCUGGCACUGAAUGCCAAAGGAGCUAUUCUCUAUGCCUUUGAAAUGUUCCGCCUCAAGUCCUGUGUGGAUUUCAAGCCCUAUGAAGGAGAGAGCUCAUACAUCAUCUUUCAGAAAUUUAAUGGGUGCUGGUCUGAGGUUGGCAACCGACACGUAGGACAGAACCUUUCCAUUGGCCAGGGAUGUGACUAUAAGGCCAUCAUUGAACAUGAGAUCCUGCAUGCUCUGGGGUUCUACCAUGAGCAGUCAAGGAUGGACCGGGAUGAUUAUGUGAACAUCUGGUGGGAUGAAAUUCUUCCAGGUUAUCAGCACAACUUUAACAUCUACGAUGACAAAAUCGUCACAGACCUCAACACACCCUAUGAUUACGAAUCUUUGAUGCACUAUGAGCCUUUCUCAUUUAACAAGAGUGCUAGUGUCCCCACCAUCACAGCCAAGAUCCCUGAGUUUAACUCCAUCAUUGGGCAGCGCCUGGAUUUCAGUGCUAUCGAUCUGGAGAGGCUGAACCGAAUGUACAACUGCACCACAACUCACACCCUUUUGGACCACUGUGAUUUUGAGAAGGCAAACAUUUGUGGGAUGAUUCAGAGUACCAGCAAUGAUGCUGACUGGGUCCAUGAGGACAGCACUCAGCCUGGACAAGCGGAUCACACCUUGGUGGGACAAUGCACAGGUGCCGGCUACUUCAUGUACUUCAAUACCAGCUUGGGGAUAGCAGAGGAGGCAGCCCUGUUGGAGUCUCGGAUUCUUUACCCAAAGAGGAAGCAGCAAUGCCUGCAGUUUUUCUAUAAAACGACAGGAAGUCCUUCAGAUAGACUCAUCGUCUGGGUCAAGAGGGAUGACAGUACGGGCAACAUUCGCAAGCUGGUCAAGGUGAAGACCUUUCAAGGAGAUUUUGACCAAAAUUGGAAAAUUGCCCAUGUUACACUAAGAGAGGAAAAGAAGUUUCGCUACCUUUUCCAGGGCACAAAGGGUGACCCCCAGAACUCGAGUGGGGGAAUUUACCUGGAUGACAUCACUUUGACAGAAACCCCAUGCCCCGCAGGGGUUUGGACGGUCCGGAAAUUCUCUCAAGUCCUGCAGAACACGGUUAAAGGGGACAAGCUUCAGAGCCCUCGAUUCUACAAUUCAGAGGGCUACGGUUUGGGGUUGACCUUGUACCCUCAUGGCAGAACGAGCUCCGGGAGCUCUGGGUACUUGGGACUUGCCUUUCAUCUGUGUAGUGGAGAGAAUGAUGCUGUCCUGGAGUGGCCAGUGGAGAACAGACAGGUGAUAAUGACAAUACUUGACCAGGAACCCGAUGUCAGGAAGAGAAUGUCCUCCAGCAUGGUGUUCACUACCUCCAAGUCCCAGACAUCUACAGCAAUAAAUGGCUCCGUCAUCUGGGACAGGCCAUCUGUCAUGGGGUCCUAUGACAACAGCUGUGCCUGUUUUAGAAGCAUCGACUGGGGCUGGGAUGCUAUCAUCUCCCACCAAAUGCUGAAAAGGAGGAGUUUCCUUAAAAAUGACGACCUUAUAAUGUUUGUGGACUUUGAAGAUAUCACCCACCUUAACCAGACUGAAGUUCGCAUUAAAGACAGCAGGUUGAUCCCCCAAAGCCUCGUUCUCCAAGGCCAGGAGCAGCCGGCUUCAGAAGAAGGUUCGGGAAAGGCCUCCUUAGAGAAAGCCCUACUGGGCAGCCUGGACCAGGGGCAGCGCAGCCGACAGAAGCGGUCGGUGGACAACACAGGCCCCAUGGAGGACCACAACUGGCCACAGUACUUCAGAGACCCAUGUGACCCGAACCCUUGUCAAAACGAAGGCAUCUGUGUGAACGUGAAGGGGAUGGCAAGCUGCAGGUGCGUCUCUGGUCACGCCUUCUUCUACACUGGGGAGCGAUGUCAGGCCAUGCAGGUGCACGGCAGCCUCCUGGGCCUGAUGAUCGGAGGCACGGCCAGCAUGGUUUUCUUGACCUUCACCAUCAUCUCCAUCCUUCGCCAAAGAGUCACAAGAGACUUUACCCAAGGUCACAAAGCUAAGACAUACUGGGCUGACCAUUGGAAAGCAGAAAGUUUGGCUCCAGAACGCAAGCUCUUCCCCACCACUUUUACGCAACCAAAUCGGCUGUCAGUCAACACUAACGAACAACACAAUGUGUUCACGCUGCAAACGGAAGCUGAGAAUUCAAAUAAUCCAAGUAGCAAAUCAGCUGCUGCUUCAUCUCGAGUUAUUUGUCCUCUGCACGCUGCCCUCCAGGCUCUCAUCCACGGGUCCACAGUAGCUUUGAGGUUCUGUCAAGGGGCUCAGGGAGGCGCUUCCUCUAAUGACCACCAGGUGGCGAUCAAGCCUCAGGAGAAGCUGGCGGGCCGCUGGGGAGGAGCCGGAGCUUGGAGGCCAACUGUCACUCAUCAGCCCAGCUGGCCAUCCCGUCAGGACUGCCCUGACCAGGACAGCUGUGAGCAGAGUGCCUCUGGGCAUGGGAAGCGCUCACAGUUCCAGAAAAGCAGUAAAGGGAUGUACGAAUUUCCUCGGUUAAUCAAAACCAAACGCCUCUUGCCACCGCUGCUGGAGGUUGGGACUAUUUGGCAGGAUGGAGGACCGAGGAUGGUACCCAUUAAAAUUAGUUCCCAAGAAGGCGGGGCCCGGAGUCAUCCCUGGAUCCUGGGAAGUGGGCUGUGA